AGUUGAAAAUGCGUCUGGACGUACGUCGUAGGACUGUUUCCCUCCGCGCCGACAGAACUAGUCGGCUCGCUAGCAAUACAUUUUCCAACCUUCUUGCUCCUCCCCCCAUUAAUUAAUUGAUUAAUUAAUUAAUACGCGGUUUUUACAAAAAAGAAGCUGGAGGUGGAGAAACUACCCCGUCGCCGAAGGCAAGUCGCGUCCGAGGAAGGCCUUUCGUUCUGCCACUCUUGUUUUGCAAGCUAGCCAGAGUUAGCUAAACGGCUAACGCUACUUUCGCCACUAGAAAGUUUUCACGGGCAGUCUCUUGGCGCACCUCGGGGCUUGCCAAGGACGUACUGAAAUUCCGAAAGCGACGUUGUGUGACCCCCACUGAACACGUGCUGGCCCGCUAGCAGGGUAAGAUGUUCAACAAGUCGUUCGGGACCCCCUUCGGCGGAGGCUCGGGGGGGUUCGGCACUUCGUCCACCUUCGGGCAGCAAAACGCGGGCUUUGGGACCACGGGGGGGUUCGGUACGUCUGCGUUUGGGGCGACCACCAACACCGGAGGGCUCUUUGGCACCGCGCAGAAUAAACCUGGUGGCCUGUUUGGCUCCAGCACAUUCAGCCAGCCGCCAACGUCAUCCACCAGCACCAGUUUUGGCUUUGGUGCUCCAAGCGCCACGUCCUCCGGCCUUUUUGGUAACACGGCGGCCGGGAACACCGCAGCCGGCGGGCUCUUCUCGCAGCAGAGCAAUGCUUUCAGCGCCAACAAGCCUGCGUCCUUCGGAAGCUUCGGGACCGGCACGAGCAGUGGCGGGCUCUUUGGCUCCACCAACACCCCCUCCAACCCUUUUGGAGGCACCGCAUCCCUGUUCGGAGGCUCGGGCUUCUCGGCGACGCAGCAGCCCGGAACCACGGUCAAGUUUAACGCUCCAACAGGGAAUGACACCAUGGUGAAAGCCGGCGUGACCACCAACAUCAACACCAAGCAUCAGUGCAUCACCGCCAUGAAGGAGUAUGAGAACAAAUCCCUGGAGGAGUUGAGGCUGGAGGACUACCAGGCGGGACGCAAGGGCGCCGCCAACCAAAUGCCUACUGCCGCGGGCGGCCUGUUUGGCGGCGUUGCCGCUGCCCCCGCGUCUGCCCCCCCCGCCGGCCUGUUUGGCUCGGCGGCGUCCAACAACAACUUUGCGUUUGGACAGAACAAGAGCACCUUUGGUCAAGCCUCAACGGGUGGCUUCAGCGGCACCACGGGGGGCCUCUUUAGCCAACCAAACCAGCAGCAGGCUGGCAGCCUCUUCAAGCCCUUCGGUCAGACCACCACCACGCAGAGUGGCGGCUUUUCCUUCGGCAACACCAACACCAUGGGCCAAGCCAGUACCAGUACCAUGGGUUUGUUUGGCAACACGGCUGCAUCACAAUCAGGCGGCUUGUUUGGCACUGCCCAGACGAGCGCCUCCACCGGCUUCGGCGCCGCCGGCGGACUCUUUGGCCAAGCCGGCACCGGCUUUGGGAGUGUGGGCGCUCAGCCCAGCAUUUUUGGAAACAAAGCUGGCGGCUUUGGCACCACCACGACCAGUGCCCCGUCCUUUGGCACUGGCACGGGAAUCUUUGGCAACAAGCCUGCGCUAACGCUGGGAACCGGAGCCAACCCGUCAACAUUUGGCUUUGGCACCAACCCCGCGGGAGGUAAUCUCUUUGGCAACAAGUCGACCGCCGGAGGCCUCGGAACUGGACUGGGGAACACCUUUGGGGCAGUGGGCGCUGGGACCACGUCUCUGUUUGGGAAUAACCAGAGCAAAUUGGGCUCCACUCUGGGCACGAUGGGAACGUUUGGGACCGGCGGCUUCAACGGCGGCACCGGCACGUUGGGCUUUGGCGCGCCUCAGCAGCCUGUCGCGCUGACGGAUCCCAACGCGGCCACUGCUCAACAAGCCAUGCUGCAGCAGCAGUUCAGCGUGCUGGCGUACUCUCCUUAUGGAGACUCGCCGCUCUUCAGGAACCCUCUGUCUGACCCAAAGAAGAAGGAAGAGCGUCUGAAACCGACAAACCCCACGGCCCAGAAAGCUCUGACUACACCCACGCACUACAAGCUGACCCCCCGACCGGCCACCAGGGUGCGUCCCAAAGCUUUGACUUCAUCAGGUGGUUCCAAGUCGCAGCUUUUUGACGGCUUGGACGACGACGAGCCCUCUCUGGCCAACGGAGCCUUCAUUCCCAGGAAGAGCAUCAAGAAGCUGGUGCUGAAAAACUUGAACAGCAGCCAGUACAGCAGCCCCGUUGGUAAAGACGCAGACGACCUCGCCUCUCUGUCGGCGUACCCUCUGAAUGGACACAGCCAAACGGAGGACGAUGAGCCGAGGCCAGCGCCGGCCGGUGAUGACCUGGAGGUCACGCAUUUCUACGUCAACCCCAUCGCGAAGCCUGUACCACAGGGCCGCACCCCCUGCGUCCUGCAGGACACCAUCUGCGAGCUCAACAUGCACAAGGCCAUCAGGAACGGUCUGGAGUUGAGCAGUGAGAAUGCGUCGACAUCCCCAGGCGAAGAGUCUCUGCGAGAGGAGCGAGACGAUGUCACGCUGGAAACCAACCCACCUCCUCACCCCGCAGGCAUCGUGCUGAGGCGCGCAGGCUAUUACACCAUCCCCUCCAUGGACGAGCUGGCUGACAUGGUGGAUGACGAUGGCGGCGACUGCGUGGUGGAAAAUUUCACCAUCGGCAGGAAAGGUUAUGGCUCCAUCUUCUUUCCUGGCGUGGUCAACGUGACUGGACUGGACCUCGACCAGAUCGUUCACUUUCGACGCAAAGAAGUCAUUGUGUACCCGGACGACAGGAACAAGCCGGCCGAGGGCGAGGGCCUCAACAGGCGGGCCGAGGUGACUCUGGACGGUGUUUGGCCCAACGACAAGACGAGCUGCACACAAAUCCGAAGCCCAGAACGCCUCGCUGACAUGAACUACGAAGGCCGGCUAGAGAAGGCGGCACGCAAACAGGGAGCGCGCUUCCUGGAAUACAGGCCUGAGACCGGCUCAUGGGUCUUUGAGGUGUCUCAUUUCUCCAAGUAUGGCCUGCAGGAGUCGGACGAAGAAGACGAUGUUCCGCUUCAGACCGACCCCAAGAAGCAGAAAGUGAUGAUGUCACUUCCUCCCUCCAGACUGCCGCAGCCUCCUCCCCCCAUCCAGCAGCAGAUGGCGGCACAGACCUCGGCGGUCGUCACUGACCUGGCGAGCGGCGUGGCCGAGUUGGACAGCGACAUGGCCGACGUCACGCAGGGCCUUCCGGCGGAGAGAGCACCAGGGCACGGGGACAACCUUGGGCCGGCGAACGGGCCGGGGGGCGCCGCGGGUGCUGAUAUUUCAUCGACUGGCGUCUCUGUUCCCAGCCACAUGGUGUCCUCGUUGGGCAUCAACCCCCACACGCUGCAGAUCAUGAAGGCGUCUCUUUUAGCCGAGGAUGAAGACGAAAGCGACUUUUCUCAGGAUCACCUGAAGAUCUCCUCGGACUUCUCGCCGUGUCACGUGCAGCCGGGACGACCCUCGGUGGGCCCUCUCUUCCAGGCUCUCAUUUCUUCUGGCCUCCUGUCCCAGCCCCCUGAUUCCCCUCGUGGGCUUGCUUCACUCCUGCCGUGGCCCAGAGCGCCCCGCUCAUCCCACUGGGCGGUACCCGCCACUGCCUCCUCCUUCAUGCUUUCCCCCAAGCAGGCGGAACCCCUGGUGAAGACAGUCGGGGUUCGGCGCUUGGGAGGCCCCGUGCCGCUGGAAGAGUCUAUCGCCCAAGGAAAGGGCAACUUGCUGAUGGACACCGGUUUGUACGUGGGCCGCUCCUUCCGCGUGGGCUGGGGUCCUGGCUGGAUGCUGGCCCACUGCGGCCAUUCGUUGAGCUCCCCGCCGGCCGAGCAGCUUGGCCACCCGCCCGCAAACACCAUGGACUUCAGUCUCCGGCCAAAACCCGGCGGCAGCAUACCGCUUACGGAGAGCGCCUACAAGGUGCUCUUGGAGCAGCUGGUGGCCCCAGGAGAGAAGAUGAGUGAGGAGCAGAGCGGAGAGAUACUGCAGCGCCCCCUGGAAAUCUGUCUGAAGCACAGCACCAUCGACACAGACGCCUCCACUUGCCCUCACGUCCGCCCGCGGCCCGGUGCGGCGGCUCUGCACGAUUACGUCAAUUGGAUCUCCGAGCUGAGCGAUGAGCGGGCGCAUGCUGACCCAUUGCUGGCCUACUGGUGUGAGGUGUGGACCCUGUGCGAGGCUCUCUGGGGUCGGCAGCCGCACGCCGAGGUCCCGGAGGGCGACUACGAACAGCAGCUGGAGAGGCGCCGCGCCUUCUCCGCCUGGCUGUCCAACCACACCGCCCGGCGGGUGGAGAAGGAAGUGGCACUGGCGGGCAAAGGGCGCCGCACGGAGGCAGUCUUCAGCUACCUGACGGGAAACCGCAUCAGUGAGGCCUGUCGUCUGGCGCAGGAGGAGGGAGACCACCGCCUGGCCCUGCUGUUGUCGCAGGCCGCCGGCUCGCAGUACGGCCGCGACUUGCUGGCCCUGCAGCUGGCCGACUGGAACCGCACGCAAUCUGACGGCUACCUGACGGAAGAACGUCUGCGAAUCUUCACCCUGCUCGCCGGAAAGCCUGUGUGGCAGACGUCAGAGUCGGCAGUGAACGCCUGCUCGCAGCUGGACUGGAAGCGCUGUGUGGCCGUUCACCUCUGGUUCAUGCUGCCGCCCACCGGCUCUGUGGCCGACGCCCUCACUAAGUACCAGGACGCCUUCAGGGGAUCAUGCGAGGGAGGCAAAUAUGCCUGCGCCCCCCUGCCUCCGUAUCUGGAGGAGGAGAAGCGGCAGCUGCUGAUGGACCACCGCCACAAAGAGGAGGAGAAGCCUCUCUAUGAUGUCUGCUUCCACCUGCUCAAGCUCUACAGUGACAGACACUACAGCCUGCAGCAGAUGCUGGAACCUCUGAGCGCUACGUGGGAGCGUCUGGACUUCCGUCUGAGUUGGCACCUCUGGGGCGUCCUGCAGGCGCUGCAUUUCAGCCACCUGAGCGCUGCGUGCCAGGGCAUGCUGCACGCUAGCUACGCGGCGCAGCUGGAGAGCACCGGCCUCUGGCACCUGGCCGUCCUCGUUCUGCUGCACAUCCCCGACCAUGCCCAGCGUGAGCGUGCGGUGAGGGCCCUGCUGAGCCUGCAUUGCCCCCUGCAGGAGACGGACGAGUCGCUCCGCCGGGAGCGCUUCCUGACCGUCCGGCUGCUGGUCCCUGAGCACUGGAUCCACGAGGCCAAGAGCGUCCGCGCCCGCCACUGCGGCGACAAGCACCGGGAGGCACUGCACCUCUAUCGAGCCGGCGACUGGAGCCGGUGUCACCGGCUGCUCGUCACACACCUGGCCCCAGAUUGCAUCAUCAACGACAACCAUGACUACCUGCUGGGGUAUCUGAAGGGGCUGGCGCUGCCCGAGCACAGCGCCACCAUCCGGGAUUGGGACACUGCUGGCAAGGUUUACCUGGACUACAUCCAGGUCACCGGCAUCAUGCGGGACGUUGGGCAGAUGGAGAGCGACCACGGCUACGAGCUGGAGCGUCUCCACGCUCAAGUGACGUCUCUAUGCGGCAGGAUCCAGCUCCUGCCCUGCGGGGGCGCGAGAGACCUUUUGGCACAGUCAGAGAUGGCCAAGUGCGUGGUGAACAUCCUGCGCGUGGUGCUGAGUUUGCAGCGCGGGGCAGGGACACCGCCGCAGCACCUGGUGCCGCAUGUUGCCUGUCUGCCCAUGCCCGAGGACUACGCCUUGGAAGAGCUGCGCGGCCUCACCGCCUCCUACCUGCGCCAGCUCGUCGUUGGACAGUGAGCGGUGCCGGCAAAUCUGUUCAGAACACUUUGCGUGCGCCGCUCGUAGCCCAGUGUGGCCGUCGACCAUGAGAGGCCCUGUAUGUGUCCAUCUUGACCAUGUUUGAUGGAACAAAGUGGAUGAAUGUCCAAUGGUCUAUUUUUGUAGAUUUUUCCUGUUUCUUUGGAGUGUUUGUAAGCACGUAUUAAAACUUUUUUUUUUUGUUGAAUGUUCUCGCUCAAUUUUUUUAAAACAUUAGCCAAAUUAAAAUAACUUUCUGCCUGCUUGAUCAUUUUUGGACAAAAAUGGGCCACUUAUUCCUGGUGUCAUUUGUGUGUACAAAAGUCUUGUUAGGAACAAAGUACUGUCUUGCCAAUACAAAUUAUUUGUUUGACUGGAGCCAUGCUUUUCCUGAAGCAUCCCUUCUGAAAAGGCUGACCUAAACCAAAUAGUACCAAAACUACGUAUUUGUGUACCUUUCCAACGAUGGAAGAGCGUGUCGUUAAACAAUCUCCUCGAGGGGACUAGUCUGCUGCAAAAUUCGAGACUCCUCCUUGUUAUGGUUGAUAGCGUGUCGAAUCUUGUGAAAGCCACUCUGGUCAAAUUUUCUUUUUUCUUAAAUUGCCAACAGGGUACCUGAAAGCGUGAGUGUUAAGGUGCUUUGUCUGCAGUGGCUCUUGUGGAGGGGUGCGGUGAGGGGAUUUCAACAGCACAUUCACAGUCAGAGUUUCAAAGUUGAGCUUUAAAGGUGAACUUGGGGGUCUCAUCUUUCACAGUAGUUUCAAAAUUUUGUUGGAAAUUACAGGUGUGAGAAUGGACAUUCCAAAAUUUGAUUUAAAAAUUUGAGGAUUUGAUUCCAAAACUCCCAUAUCUAAAUUCAGAUUGCAACCUGCUCAGCUACAGACAGCAGCUGCACUUAACCAGUCUGCUUUUCAAAGGAGCAUUUAGGCUUGCAAAGCGGGCACAUACUUAAUCUCCAAGCGGUCACCAUUGUUGACAUCUAAUUUUUGUACUGAAUUUCAUCACUUAAAAAUCAGGACGCUGUGUUGAAGCCAAACACUCUUUUGAAGCCCUGACUGCCUAAAAACCCAAAAUGUGCACACUUUUUCACUGGGUCAAUUCUUCAACUCAGCUUUGGGACAGCAUAUUUUGGUAUUGCAAUACAAUAAAAUGCUCUAUUUUUACACUAAA